CCGGGGUAACAGCGGCGCACAUGGCGAGCAGGCGCUCAAGCGAGGUCAGCGACAUGCUGAUGGCUGAUUUCGACAGGUUUGCUGAUGUCACAUUUGAUGCUGGCAUGCUGUUCCGCCAGCCGUCGGCACCAUCGGAAAGCCCCGCUGCCUCUGUCGCCAUUGCCGACCGCAGCAGCGGUGUGCGUGGUCGGCAUAGCUCUGGCCACCGGUUCUUUUCCAAGGUACGCCAUGCCUUUAGCAGCCGUGGCAACAACAGCCACAGCAGCCAAGGCCAUUACCAACAGCAGUCCGCUGAGCAGCCCUAUCCGCCUCUACCGCCGGUGGGCGGAUCGCAGCCCAGACGACUGUCAGAAGCAGCGCAGGCUAGCCUGCAGACCCUGCGCGGUGGUGGCGAGCAGACUCCUGUCGGUCAGCCCAGGCAGCCGCGUACACUGAAGACAUCAAAGUCAGCGGUGAACAUUGGCAAAGCUGCAGCGCCGCCGCGGCUGGACUUUGACUUUGGCAUGUCGCUGCUGACACCCGACAACUCGCCGUCGUACCUGAUCGACUACAUCAACCAUGGCUAUAAUGACAGCACGAGCAACACGUCGUUUGACUUUACUGGCAGCGGCGAGUCGUAUUCACGCCAGUCCGUUGCGCGGCGGAUCAUUAACAAGAACACACAGGUGCGGCAGACCCAGUACGAGUACAACUUUGGCAGCCAGAUCUUUGACUGCUUUGACAACGACUUUAUGCUGCUCAAGACCGACGCCUUCAACAACCUGCUCGCAAGAAGAAUGUUGACAGCGUUGACGGCUGCUGCAGCGUACACGGCCGCGGCAAUCAACAGCCUGGUUGCAAACGGCUCGAAGACGCGUGGUCCGGUGGCCUCCGCAGCUACCGGCAGCAGCACGUACCAGCAGCACCAGGUUCUAAUCCCGUCUGCAUUAAAGUGAGAUCAGCCGGCCCUGCUUCCUCUUUCCUACUUUUAUCAACAUUUUUUCUUAUCCCAAUGCAUCUGGUACUAGCUUGCUACGGCCCAUCUGCCUCUGCACUCUGUGUGGUGCUAAAUACAAUCAGUCCCGAACUCAUAUCGCCUUAGCAAUGAGCCAAUUCCACAGAGCUGACUGGCGCCAUAUGCUGGUGCAGCGAUGGAAAAGGCUGGGCUGAACAGGGAUAAUUACAAUGUACUGAAAUA